CAGCCACCCAGCCCAUCGCUUGGCAUCCAAAGGCACGCGGAGGCGGAGGCGCGACUUCAGCCAUGCCCUGUCGGGAGGUCCAGCCGUCUAGGAUGGAGAAGGGUCUCCCCGGGAGCCGGGAGUCCCCGCGAUGAGGGAGGGAGGGUGGCCCUGGCGCUGCGGUGGCGGCUGCUGCUUUUCCCCCUUUCGCUUUGGAGCUAUUUGUCGGGAACCUUAAAACUCUGCGAUGACCCUGGAAGUCUCCCUGGGCGGACGAGGAGGAAAGGACUAGAUCCACACUACUUUUUUCGCGAUUAGGAGUAAAGGCCAGUACAAAGAAGAAUCAGGAUGAAAAGAUGGCCGACUUCUUGUUACCACUGGGUUCCAACAGCUUCCACCGGUUCACACCUGAAUCCUUGGCUGCCAUCGAGAAGCGGAUCGCGGAGAAGAUCGCUAGGAGCGCCAAGCAGGAAUAUCGGGAACAGUUGGUCGAUGAAGAGAAGCCGCGGCCUCAGUUUGACUUGCAAGCCUGCAAGAAGCUACCCGAUAUCUACGGGUCUCCUCCAUCGGAGCUCAUCGGCGAACCCUUGGAGGACAUUGAUCCUUAUUACAGCGAUCACAAGACCUUUAUAGUGCUGAACAAAGGGAAGACAAUCUUUCGAUUUAGUGCCACUCCUGCCUUGUAUAUACUUAGUCCUUUUCAUCGAAUCAGAAGAGCAGCAAUUAAAAUUUUGGUACAUUCAUUAUUCAGUAUGUUUAUUAUGUGCACUAUUUUAACCAAUUGUGUGUUCAUGGCAUGGUCAGAACUUCCUCCUUGGAAUAAAUAUGUCGAGUACACGUUCACUGGCAUUUACACGUUUGAAUCAUUGAUAAAAAUCUUGGCAAGAGGAUUUUGUAUGACAGAGUUCACUUUCCUUCGGGAUCCAUGGAACUGGCUGGAUUUUUGUGUUAUUGUCAUGGCAUACAUAACUGAAUUUGUGGACCUGGGCAAUGUAUCCGCCUUACGAACGUUCAGAGUUCUCCGGGCGCUGAAAACAAUCUCAGUCGUUUCAGGUCUGAAGACCAUCGUAGGUGCCCUUAUCCAAUCAGUUAAGAAACUUGCGGAUGUGAUGAUCUUGACGGUUUUUUGCUUGAGUGUUUUUGCCCUCAUAGGGCUCCAACUCUUUAUGGGAAAUCUGAGGCACAAAUGUGUCCGGAACUAUGAGGAAUUUAACUCUACCAAUGGCACUUUUGCUUCAGAUCAGAAGAUAUGGCCAUCGUUGGACGACUUCCUAAAUGAUCCAGACAACCACUUCAUUAAAGAAGGCACUGGAGAUGCAUUGCUGUGUGGGAACAGUUCAGAUGCUGGAUCAUGUCCGAAAGGGUAUCGGUGUCUCAGGGCUGGUGAAAAUCCUGACCACGGCUUCACAAGCUUUGAUACUUUCGGCUGGGCCUUCCUCUCCUUGUUCCGCCUCAUGACACAAGAUUAUUGGGAACGCCUCUACCAACAGACCCUGAGAUCUGCUGGCAAGAUCUACAUGCUCUUCUUCAUGCUGGUCAUCUUCCUGGGCUCUUUUUACUUAGUCAACUUGAUCUUGGCUGUGGUGGCCAUGGCGUAUGAAGAGCAGAACCAAGCCACUAUUGCUGAAAUGGAAGCCAAGGAGAGGAAAUUUCGGGAAGCCAUGGAGGCCCUGAAGAAAGAGCAAGAGGCAUUAGCUCGAGGAAUCGAUUCGGCGUCGCUUAGCUCUUUUGAAAUGUCCCCUUUGGCAUCGAAACAUUCCAAAGAACGAAGGAGCAGAAGAAGGAAAAAGAAAUCCUCAGGUGCGGAAGACGAUGGGGAAGAUCCAAAAGCUCCAGUAUCUGAAUCGGAGGAUGGCCAACGAAGGAUGACUGUCCUGGGCUUUACCUCGGGGUCCAUGGAAAACUCCACGAAGCGCAAGGCCAGCCACGGCAGUGUCUUCAGCUUCCGGCUGCGGAGUAGGGACCUCGGUUCGGAGGCAGAUUUCGCCGAUGACGACAUCAGUACCGUCGGGGAGAGUGAGAGCCAACACGGGUCCUUGCUGGUUCCGAGGAACGGGAGGCGGCUGAGUGCGCUGAGUCAAACGAGCCACAGCUCCCCAAAGUACACACUCAAUGGCAAGAGGAACAGCUCGGUGGAUUGCAACGGCGUGGUUUCCCUGAUCGGAGGCGGAGGAAGUCCAGAUCCUACGACUCCCACGGAGGUGCUGUUGCCCCCUGUUUUCACGGAGAAACCAAUGGCGGAUGACACGACUUCUCCAUCAGAAGAAGUGAACAAGAAACAGCUUUUGUCCCCGCAUCGCCUUUCAGUAGAUCAAUCCGAGGAGCAUUUUCAAAGGCAGAGAGCUGUGAGUGCAGUCAGUAUCAUCACCAGUGCCAUGGAAGAGCUUGAAGAAUCCCAACAGAAAUGUCCCCCUUGUUGGAAUCAUUUUGCGGUGAAGUUCCUCAUCUGGGACUGCUGCCCGCUGUGGCUGUUGAUCAAGGAGAAAGUCAAGUACAUCAUCAUGGACCCCUUCAGUGACCUGACGAUCACCCUUUGCAUUGUAAUGAACACCCUCUUCAUGGCCAUGGACCAUUACAAGAUGACCAAAGAAUUUGAAGAGGUGCUCAACGUCGGGAAUCUGAUCUUUACUGGGAUUUUUACCACCGAAAUGGUCUUCAAACUUAUAGCCCUGGAUCCUUAUUACUAUUUUCAGCAAGGCUGGAAUAUUUUCGACAGCAUAAUUGUCACGCUGAGCCUGAUGGAACUGAGUCUGUCCAGCAUGGGAAAUGUGUCUGUCUUGCGCUCCUUCAGACUGCUAAGAGUCUUCAAGCUUGCAAAAUCUUGGCCCACCUUAAAUACUCUCAUUAAGAUCAUUGGAAAUUCAGUGGGUGCUCUGGGAAACCUCACCCUGGUCCUGGCCAUCAUCGUCUUCAUUUUCGCUGUGGUUGGGAUGCAGCUCUUUGGGGAAAUGUAUUGCAGAAAUGUCAACAGGAUCAGCACCACGGGACUGUUGCCACGCUGGCACAUGAAGGACUUCUUCCAUUCCUUUCUCAUCAUCUUCCGCAUCCUCUGCGGCGAAUGGAUUGAAACCAUGUGGGAUUGUAUGAAAGUGGUCGGACAGCCUCUGUGUCUCCUGGUCUUCUUGCUGGUUAUGGUGAUUGGGAAUCUGGUGUCAGCCUUGUAA